UACUUGCUUUGACUCAAGAUAUACGAGUUUAUUAGGCUACGACUACAUUUGAUAAAACUUGGUAAUAAUUAAUAAAUGUUGGAAGAAAAGUGCCAAUUCAAUAGAUUUGGUUCAUGAGACCAAACUCUUUUCUCAGUGUAACUGUUCUUGUGUUCAUAAAUGUAAUAGCAUGCACAAAGUAUGAUAUUCUGACCUGGAGGUUAAAUUGAAUCCCGAGCUGAAGACGAGGGGGGCAAACAGCCAGAUUUGAAGAAAAGAUCAUUAUGAUGACUACCAGUACGGCUGAUUCCAUGGAAACAAUUCAUGAAGAGAGAGGAAAAACCUACACUAAUUUGGUACCGCGACAACCACCAAAAAAAAGAUUGUACAGAUUUCCAGAAAUACCUCCAGACAUAGACAAAUCUUCAGAAAAAUAUCCGCAAGAUUCAAAUAAUCGAAUAUGCAGCUCUCUCUCAGGAGAUAAUUGCAGACAAGUAAUCGAUAACCUACACGCCAAGUAUGAUACAGUUCUCGACAAAUUGAACCUCAUUCUUCGAAAGCUGGAACAAUGGGAUCAUGAAAAAGCAUUGGAAAAGAGAGGACUUGUUGAAAAACCAAGUUAUCUUCCAUUGAAAAAUAUGGAAGAAUUUGCAACACACAGUUAUCUCUCGGAAUUCGAAUUUUCUCAACUGGUAGAAUAUUUUGGUUAUUUGGGCGGUGUCAAUAUUAAAAAACAAAUCAGCAAUAUGGUCAGUGCAUGCAUAACUCCAGAACUCGCAAUCAAGAUGAGCUUAUCGAAGAGUAAGAAAGUGGGAUUCCACCACUCUCAAAUUACUGACGCUAUUCACGCUGCGACCCAGAGAUGGAAAAACGGAGGCAAGUUGACUCGAGAGUCCAUGAUGGUGAUAAUUAAUCAAGCUGUUCGAUCAAUGAAAGAACGACAGCGUUAUUAUACUUGUAAAUUACGUAAAGAAAAGAAGCGUGCUAAACUUGGAAUUGCGAAUAAAAAAACUCAACAAAAAAUCCUAAAUAUUUAA